AUGGAAGGAAUGCGGGUGACGCAUCAAGGUGUUCGGGCUCAUUCAGCCGAAGGUUCUGCGGGUCGCAUCACUCAAGCGGGCCUGGCUGCACGUAGCCCUGAAGGCACUGCUGCCAAAGGAAUGGCUAUCAAGGGCCAUGAAGACCUUUGGGUUGAAAUACAAGCAAACACUUUUAGAAAUUGGGUUAAUGAAACUCUAAAACCAAUGAAUAUAAAGGUUAUGGAUUUAGUAGAAGAUUUACGGGACGGUACAAUUCUUUGUGCCCUCGUCGAAGCAUUACAGGGCAGACGUCUUAAGGGUUGGAAUAAAAAUCCGACUAACCAGCACCAUCGACUGGAGAACGUCACCACCGCUCUGCAGGCAAUCGAAGACGAUGGCGUUAAGCUAGUCAAUAUAGGUAAUGUCGACAUUGUAAACGGAAAUCUGAAGCUUAUACUAGGGUUAAUAUGGUCGCUUAUAAUGCGGUAUCAAAUCGGCAGAAGUAAAUUUCCCCCAAGAAAACUGAUGUUAUCGUGGUUACAAGCAGCUUUGCCCGAGUGUCGAGUCAGCAAUUUGACGACGGAUUGGAAUAGCGGGGUUCUGCUAUCAGCUCUCCUUGACUAUUGCAAGCCAGGCAUAUUCCCACAUUGGCGCGAACUCAAUCGCCACGAAGCAAUAGAGAAUUGUCGUCGUGCUAUGAAUCUAGCUUACCGCGAAUUCGAAGUCCCAAUGGUUCUGGAACCAGAAUAUUUAGCCUCUCCGUGGCUCGAUGAACUCUCCGGGAUGACGUAUUUGUCUUACUUCAUGAAACCUGACUCGCCUGGGUUCCGUUCUACAUUAGACUGGGUUAACUCGAAACUGGAGAGAGGAGUUACAAAUUUUACAACAGAUUGGAACGAUGGACGAGUCGCUAAUGAACUGGUUCGAACUAUGGGAGGUCCAGCUCCGCCGCCAAGUAGACUUCGUCACGACCCAGCGCGAUGGGAAGAAAAUAACCAACAGGCAAUUGAUGCUGCUAAAAAAAUCGGUGUCCAGCCAGUUCUUUCCGCGCGUGAUAUAAGCCAAAACGAUAUUGAGCAUUUGGGUCUAAUGGCAUGGGUUACCCAAUUCCGCAACGUACCACCGCGGCCUCCGGUCCACGAUAUGUUGCGAGUCGCUCUUGACUCCACAUCUGGUAGAGUCGGAGAACCGACGUAUAUUAAAGUGGAAAGCAUCUCCAAUGAACUAUCGAUAUCUGACGUUAAAGUUUCAAUUGUAAAUCCACUGGAACAUGAGUCAAGACUGAAAUUGGAUUCAAGAGGGGCAGGAGAAUUUGUACCAGAACAUGCUGGAAUGCAUGAAAUUGUUCUUACUGUUGAUGACAUCAGGGUCGACGGUAAAUAUUUCUUUAGAGUGCUGCCAAGAUUAGUAACUGUACCUCCACCGGGCAUGGCGCCGUGUGCUGCUGGAAGCAUUGUCGAAGUACUCGUUAGUGCAACAGGAGCUCCAAGAAGAGAAGACAUAGACGUAACAGCGCACUCACCAAGUGGCCGCGCGGUCCCAUUAGAACCUCGGCAUCCGCCACCAUCAGCUCCAGGUACCACUGCCUCCAGUGCAACCUUCCAACCCGACGAAGCUGGUACUUGGACUAUAGCCAUCACCUAUAAGGGGAAACAUAUUCAGGGUGGUCCUUUCACUUGUGAAGUAUUUGAUCCCAAUGGAGUAAGACUUAGUCCUGGGGCACUGGAAGGGGCAGAACCAUUGAAACCACAUUCGUUUGAGAUAGACACGAGCGGAUGUGGUGUCAAAGGCGACUUGCAACUGGAUAUUGUUCACGACAAACGAAGUGUGAUGUGCGCAUUGGAGAAACUCUCAAAAACGAAAUACCGUGCUACGUUUAUGCCUAAAGCUCCUGGGAAACACAGGCUUUACAUCUACUUUAACGGUUACGAUGUCCAUGGCUCACCACAUAUAUUUAGAGUGGGAUCAAGAUCAAAGAAACCACGGGAUAGUGCUAGCCCUUCUUACGCCAGAAUAUCCAGUCCAGUAACACGAAUACGUUCGGAUAGUCCACUCAAUCAAUUCAACACAUACGAUACAAAACGAAACACGAGUUCAAUAGACCGUCGGGACGAGGGACGUGACUCCACCGAUUAUUAUAAAUCCUCCUUUAACUCCGAUGCCAAAGAGAAAAGUUACGACGUGAUCGACUCUUAUUCAUCAACUACUAAAAAAGAAGGCUUUAGAUACGACUCUGAAAGUUCAAGAAAUAGAACUGCCAGCCCAAUAACGUCGAAGCACUUAGGAAAUGGAUCGCAUCUAGACGUCAAUAGAUCCAGCAGUCCAUUCAGAGCAAGCAGUCCUUACAGAGCCAGUAGUCCAUACAGAGCUACAAGCCCGCUCGGGCGAACAUCGAGCCCAUUGACAAGGAAAGACAGCCCUAUAAAUAGGAAUGCUAGUCCAAUUAACAGAGUGAGCAGUCCCACUGAAAGGUACAGCCCUGUGACCACCACCAAGCGGAUCAUAGAAAAACGUUCCAACUAUAAAGUUUACAGUUCAUACAGUGGUUCUCAAGAUAAUCUGGACCAAAGUAGCCCUCUUUCAUCCUUAGAAACAGAGCGUAUUCGCGGAUAUAAUAGCCCAACAGGUGCUGUAGAUAGCAGUGAUCCAGGAGGAAAAUUAUAUCUUGGCCGAAAAGAUUCGUGGGACACUGUAGAAAAAACAAGGCAAAUGCUGAGUACUAACAGCCUAGACCCAGCAAGCGGAUCAUCGGAGCGGCACUACGGCCAGAACACACUGGACCGCGAAACACAACGCAACACACAAUUAAACCGAUUCAGUGAUCUUUCGCGCGACGCCUUCAACCGACAACUCGACCGGUUGGCAGACGAUCGAGACUCUGAAACGUACGCUAGUCGACAGGAGUACAAGCGCGAAGUCCGAGAGAGCUCUUACGUGGUCCGUGACACCUCGUACAGCACCGCGGACGAGAAGCAACAACAACAGCAGUCUUUUUUAUCCAAUAGGCCCCCCCGUGACCCGACCGGGGGGGCCCUUUCUGAAACAGAUGCCGCGCAUACACGUUUCAGACCAGUUCAAAGGGAAAACAAUAGAGGUGCCAAAGGAAUAGUAAUUAAGCCGACCUACAAAGGAGUUGUUGGUCAACCUGUUGAGUUUAUAGUGGACGUCAGUUCAGCAGGCCCUGGUCAGCUAGAGUUAGAAGUUUCCGGCGGUAAUGGAGCUCUGGUAGCCAGCUCGGUUAAACCGCUGGGUGCUCACAGAUACCUGGCCUCUUUUACGCCACGAGUUCUGCGCCCGCACUCAGUCCGUGUGACCUUCAACGAUGAACACGUUCCAGGUUCUCCGUGGAAGGUCGAGGUGAUGGCGGGGCCGGCGGGCGGGGGCGGAGGUGAGCCUACAAGGCUCAUUCCCGCGCGAGUGCCGGCCGUCUUUGAGAUAUCCACCUCGCCGGGAGCGCCCACGUUCAACAAGAAUGAAGUGGGAGUAACAGUCACGUCUCCGUCAAGACGACCUGUGACUGCGCGUGUACUAGAUGUAACCGAAAGACCGGGAGUAUACCGUAUUGAGUUCACACCAGAAGAGGUCGGAACACAUCUAAUCGAUGUUUCAAUAGCAGACGACAAGUUAGCCGCGGGGCCGUUGGUUGCCAAAGUGUACGACUCGAGCCUUAUCAAAGUAACAGACGUUGGAAACGCCGUAGUUGGACAACAGUCCCAGUUUAGAGUCGAUGCCAGCGCCGCCGGUGAAGGACAAUUAGAAAUUUCAAUAAACGAGGGUGAAGUCCCCAAUCAUGUGCAGGUAGUAGGUGGAGGUCGAUGCCUAGUCUUCUGGAGGCCGGAAACUCCGACACCUCAUCGCGUGGAUAUCAAAUUCAAUGGAGAACCGGUACCGUCAUCGCCUUUUAUCUUUGACGUCGCACCGGCACAAAGAGUUACAAUAGAUACAUCGCAAAUUGAAUUAAUACCAGUUGGAGAAGUAGCAUCAUGUUCUGUGAGAGUAGAAGGUUCAGGUGGAGGGGAGCUGACAGUAAUUGUGAAAGGGCCUCGAGGAGAAGUACCGGUUCGCCUCACAGGUGAUGCAGCAUCUGGGCUCGUAGCCAGCUUUACACCCAAAAAUGUUGGCCCACAUACCCUUACAGCACAUUAUAACAACCAGCCAGUACCUGGAACACCUUUUAUAUGUAAAGCAUAUGAUGGAAAACUAGUGAGUGUGAGUGGUGGUGCAUCGGCACGUGUGGGAGUACCAGUUCAACUUGCGGUAGAUGCAGCACAAGCUGGUGAAGGGAACCUUGAGAUCACUGUGGCUGCACGGGGAUUAAAUAUCCCUACUCAGGUCCACCCACAGGGGAAUGCCCGCUUUACAGUCUCAUUCACCCCAACAGAGGCGUGUGAACAUAUUGUCAAUGUUUCCUUUAAUAAGAUGCGUGUACCAGGUUGUCCACUUAUUGUGGCCGUGGCAGAAGGAGGAGGUGGAGGAGCACGAGUAACAUUGCCAGGCCCUGUACCACUACACCAGCCUGCAGCAUUAACAUUACAUCACCCAACUGCCACACUUGACCAAAUAGAAGUCAAUGUAGAAGGUCCAAAUGGGGCGUCAGUGCCGGCGGCCGUGGCGGCGGCGGGUCCAGCCGCUUUCCGUGCAGAGUUCGUUCCACGCGCCGUGGGCGAGCAUCGCCUUAAUGUACUCGUUGACUCCGUGCCAAUUCCUGCCAGCCCAUUUCAUUUAAAGGUCUAUGACGUCACUGCAAUCCGAGUCAAAGAUGUCGCACAUGGAACAGUUGGAAAACCGGUGACAUUUUUGGUGGAGACGAUGGCGGCGGGGCCGGGCAACCUCGAGGUGACGGUGAACGGCGGGCGCGUACCCACGGCGGCGGCGGCCCAGGGCGCACACACGUACGCGAUCAGCUUCACGCCGCGCGACCCGCGCCCGCACACCGUCGAGCUGCGCUUCAACGGCGAUCACGUGCCCGGUAGCCCAUUUGUGUGCCACAUUUCGGCACCGGCACGCGUCAUCGGUGCGGGAUCAGGCGAGUCGCCCGACAAGGUUUCUGUGGGCGAAGCAUACACAUUCAGUGUUGACUCGCCCGCUUCACCACACGUCGAGGUUUUGGGACCAGCCAGGAGACCCGUUCCCGUACAGGUAUCAGCUGAAGAGACCGUGGGGGAGAACGAAGCUAGUAAAAGGUACAACAUCUCAUUUGUGCCAGUUGACGUAGGAGACCACAGUAUUGAGGUGCGAGCAGGUGCGAUGGGCGGCCAUGUUGAGGGCAGCCCGUUUCUAGUCAAAGCGUACAGCGCGUCGCGAGUGUCCGUCACCGAUAUUUCGCCCGGAGUCGUGGGCAGGCCGGUCUCGUUCACCAUUAACGCAUCCCAUGCCGGUGCUGGUAACUUGGAAAUAAUUGUGGCCGUAAACGGCCGUAAUGUUCCAAAUUACGUACAGAGCGAAGGGAAUGCGCGGUUUAAGGUGAACUUCAAGCCGGUGGAGGCGGCGGUGCACACGCUGUCGGUGCGGUUCAACGGACGCGCGGUGCCGGGCUCGCCGUUCUCGUGCGCGGUGUCGGCGCCGCUCGACGCGCCCGACGCGCGCGCCUCCGGCCCCGGCCUCGCAUCUGCGCCGCGUGCCCAGCCCGCCGACAUACACCUCACCGGGUUCCUCUCAGGCGAGCCAACCGUAUUUGUAACGGGUCCGGGCGGCAGUACAGUUCGGACUCGUGUCACGGCGCUCGGCGACGGACGAUAUACGGCGACGUACACGCCGGAAGUGGUCGGUCGACACAGCGUUCAAGUGACGUGCGCGGGUCGACACGUGCCUGGCUCACCUUUCACCUGCAACGUGUACGACGUGCGCCGCGUGCGUGUCACUGGCCUGGGGCCUGGAGAAUUAGAAGGCACAUUAGAAGGUCUUAAUCUGGAAGAGGGAGCGGAAGAAGAGCGUGGUGUCGAAGUGGGCAAGGCGGUGACAUUCAGUGUGGACGCUGCUGGCGCGGGAGAAGGCACACUAGAACUCGUCGUCUCUACGCCCUCCACCACUGUUAAAGCAGAGGUCGUAGCGGUAGCCCGUGGUCUCUAUGACGUGACAUUUGUGCCGGUGUCACGGGAACCUCACCGUGUCUCCGUCACAUUUAAUGAGCAACCCGUACCCGGCAGUCCCUUCGUAUGUCGGGUCAACGAGCCUCUUACUUACGUACAAAUAGGAGGAGUAGCUUCAGUAGAAAUUGACGAAAAUCUUACUGAUGUAGAAGUAAUAUCUCCAACUGGUACUAGAGUGGCAGAUACAAAUCUUGAAGACUCUGGUUUGCUCACGUUCCCUGCUAGUCGUGUGGGAAGAUAUUUAGUCAGAAGUAGUAGAGGGCCAAUCGCGGAGGUUGAAGCUCUUGAUGCAUCCGCCGUUAAAGUUUUGUCAAUUGGUGAUGCUGUCGCCCAUCGUCCUGCAUUAAUAACUGUGAGCACGAGCAACGCCGGCAACGGGAGGCUGUCGGGGCGCGUGACGUGCGGCGGGCAGACGGUGCCGCACUCGGUGCGGCGGCGCGGCGGCGCGCGCCAGGAGCUGCUGUGGCACCCGGCGCGCGCCGCGCCGCACCGCGUCGCGCUGCUGUGGAGCGGCGCGCCCGUCGCGCGCGAACCGUUGCUCGUCGACGUCAUGCCCGCCCACCACGGACAGGAGGUGAGUCAACUGCUGUGA